AGAGCAUAAAUAUCGCGCUUUACUGUAAUUUGAUUAUUAGUGAGCAAGCUUACAGGCAUUAGUUCAAGUUAUACCAACUUUGAGAAUUUCGAAGACACAUACAGCAAGACAAAAUCUGAUUAAUAUCGCUUCUAAUUAACUGCAACGCUUUACAAAAAAACAUAAAAGGAGCCAAACGUGUGUCAGAUUGGCAGAAAGAUGAUGAACAAUACGAACACGACUGUAUCUAACACGACAAAUCUAUCAGUUAAUACUGAAAUGAAAGAUGGAUAUGACUUACCAGUGACUGGACUUGCGUCUGGAUAUUUUUACAGUCUACACAGUCUCGCGCUUUCUUGCAUGUUCUGUAGCUUCGUUUGUGCGGUAAUUGUACUUACCUUUUCCUACAGAGCAAAGACAUGCAGGGAUUUCUUCAAGGGCUGGAGUAAAGGUGAACGGUUUAUUGUAUACAUGGCACUCUUUGACGGAAGUUUCAACGUAUUUCACAGUCUUGAUCACUUGCAUUAUGUCAUUGCCAUGGACCAUGUGAGACCAAAGGAAUUAUGCCAGUUUUAUGCCUUUGUUAAUGUUGUAUUCGUAAAUGGUCAAAACUUGAUGGUAAACAUUGUUGCGUUUAAUGCAUUCAUGUUGAUGUACUUUGACAAAAAUCUUGACUUUGGGAAAGCCGACUGGAAACUUCUUACAUGGAUAAUUGGGAUGCCUUUUGUUGGAGCUUCGAUAGCACAAUUUACAGGUACAUUGGGGCCAACUGGAUCCUUUUGCCUCUUCGACGGUGUUACAGGAUUCACCGCUAAUGUAUGCCUUACAACAGUUCCCUUACUGAUAAUUGUUCUGAUGAACAGCGUAAUGUACGGUCUCACGUGGAAACGUAUCAGAGAGAAGACGAAAGCCGUGAGACAUUUAAACAAGGUAACGAGACAUACAGUCAGUAGUUCAAGGCGUGCGGCGACAAGUAUGUCCAUGUUUGUUGUAGCGUUCUUCAUCCAAUGGACGCCGUUGGCCAUAAUGGGAGUGUGGCUGAUACUUGACACGGAAGUUCCGCUUGUCUUGUUCUACAUUGUUACGACAUUUUCAAAUCUCGGUGGCUGCUUGAAUUUUGUGGUAUUUCUCAUAAUAAGACAUAGGAAUAGACAACAAAGGUCUAAGAAUGAACGGGGACAUCAUGACUCGGAUGAACACAAAAACAUGCCCACCAGUUCCAGUAUCACAUUUGUGUCCACUCAGACUUAACAUUUUUAUACCGAUAUGAAUAUUUUGAUCUGUACAGAGAUAAACAGUUAUAAAUUUUCUAAAUUUUCCGCACAUAAAUGAAAUAAAUAUUAAGUCUGAGUCAAUUAUUGACUUCAUUUCUUAGUUGUAUUUAAUUAAUAAAUCAUAUAGUGAAGUCUAUUUUAAUCUUACCACAAUUUAGGUUUUAUGUCAUAAUUAGCAUCUUUUACUGCCAUGAAAUAUUUACUACCAAUCUAAUUUGUAAUAUUCUUUGGUCGAAAUGAAUCAACUCAACAAGAGGUAAAAUUAUCAAUUCUUUGCAAUCCAAAGCAGUUGAAUCAUGAAUAACACUGUCUUGUUUUUCAAUGUAUAUAUCAAGAACAUGAAAUAAAAUAUUGCGAUUU